UUUGUAGGUGCCCUAUACCUCCAACAGAAGGCUGGUUGAGAUUCAGCCUGGGUGCCAAACCGGAAGUGACGUUUGGCGGCAUGUUUCAGUGUUAUACAAGGACUGAGCAUGGUUUGUUGAAUAACAGUGGUCUGUGAAUGAAGUUACACAAGCAGCCACACACUCACACACACACUCACACACACACACAGUGCCUGCACUCUGAACACGCCGGGCUGUUUUACUUUAGAACUUAGUUUCUGGGGAAACGGAAACGGAGUACGAGUCGAGAGCUAACAUGGCUAAACAUAAACCCCGAGCAGCUGCUGCCGCGACUGAAAAGGACAACACAAAGAAGAAGAAGCAGCUGAGUCAGGCUGUGAAGAAGAAGAAAGAUGCUCCCAAACCGCCAAACAUCAAAGACAAGGGUGCCAGAGCCAAAAAUAUUGCCAAGGCCGCCAAGCCCGCCAAGCCCAGAGGCCAAACAUCGAAAAAGGCACGUAAGCCGUCAGAUGGAAAGAAGAGCAAAUACUUCAGUAAGCCAUUAAAAGAAGAGCCUGAGGACAUCUUUGAGGAUUUGAGCAUGUCAUUUCCAGAGAGCUCUGUGCUGAAGAGCAAUGAUUACAAGAUGAAAGAAGAGAAAAAAGAAAAUGAUAAUGAGAGUGAAGAGAGUGAUGAAGAUGAGGAGUGGGAGGAAGUGGAAGAACUGGCAGGCCCAUUAGGACCAGCAGAGGCAGACGAAGAACCUGCAGUUCCUUCUCAGCCUGUGGAGAUUGAGAUCGAGACAGCUGAGGCCAGGCACAAGAGACAGAAAAAGGAGACGAAGCAAGCUGAGUUUGAGACUUACCUGCGCAGAAUGAUAAAACGUUUCAACAAGGAGGUACAGGAGGAUACACACAAGGUUCAUCUGUUAUGUCUAUUGGCUAGCGGACUGUUCCGGAGCCGCCUGUGCUGUGAGCCUGACCUGUUGGCCAUCACCUUGUCCUUAGUUCCCACCCACUUCACCACAGUUAUUAAAAAACGUAUCAACACUAUCUAUCUGGAGGGUCUUCUGAAGUGGUUUAAGAUGACGUUCACACUCAACCCUGCCCUCCCUGAAGAGAAGGAGGUGGGACUGCGUGAGCUGCUGGAGAGACGUUUGGGAAGUCUGUCGGCGCGCGAUCAUCAGGAGAUGACCUUCCUGUUCCUGCUGGUGCUGCGGUCACUGCGCUUUUACUCUCGAUUGGUGCUCUCACUACAGCCACUACCGCUCAAGCCAUCAGCAAAACAGGAUAUAGUGCACACCUCCAAAAGUCCUCCUUCUAAAGACAAAUCUAAUGAAGCUGAUAAAAAGCCACCAGAACCCAAAGUUUCCCCUGGGUCCAAACGCCCAUCAGCUUCCAGUACUGAGGAGCAACCGAAGAGGGGAGGAAAGAGACAGAAGAAGAAUGUUGAGGAUAGAGGGAACAAAAAGAAAGAAGCAGUAGGGGGUCAAAGGCCAAAAAACACGAAAAGAAGGAGUACCGCAUCUAAAGUGUCAUAUAAAGAAGAUAGCAGUGAUGGGGAGGAGGAGCUUAGUGAUGGGGAGGAGUACCAUCUGCCCAGCGAGAAUGACAGUGAUGACUCAGGGUGUGGUGUAGAAAAGUCAAACUGGAAUUCAAAGGCUAAAGGAAAGAGCAAAAGUCAGGCUCCACGACGCUCCAGCCAGACCAAGAAGCGAACAAAGAAGGAGGAGGAGGAGGAGGAGGAGGAGGAAGAAGAACUGCUAGAAGGGAAAAAGCAGCGAGUGAGAAGGAGGCAGGGAAAAGGACAUGAUGAAUGGAUAGAGGUGUACCUGAAAGGGGCAAAGAGAUGGAUAUGUAUUGAUGUUGAUCAAGGGGUGGGGAAACCGGAGCUCUGCUCCAAUCAGGCCACUCAGCCAAUUACGUAUGUAGUGGGUGUAGAUGAAGAUGGUUACCUGAAAGACGUGAGCAGCAGAUAUGACCCCACCUGGCUCACGUCGUCACGGAGACGACGUGUCAACUCAGAGUGGUGGGAGGAGACGUUACACUUCUACGAGUGUCCCGAUUGUGAACAAAAGAAGGAAGAAGACAAAGAGCUGCAGGACAAGUUGAUUGGUAAGCCAUUGCCAACAUCAGUAUCGGAGUACAAAAACCACCCUCUGUAUGCACUGGAGAGGCACCUGCUGAAGUACGAGGCACUGUACCCCCCCUCUGCCGCCAUUUUGGGCUACUGUCGAGGAGAAGCUGUCUAUUCACGGGAUUGUAUCCACACACUUCAUUCCAGAGACACCUGGUUAAAGCAAGCACGCACUGUUCGACUUGGGGAGGAGCCUUACAAGAUGGUAAAGGGAUUCUCAAACCGUUCACGCAAAGCCAGGAUGAUGUCUGGAAACAAGGAUGAAAAGGACCUGGCUCUGUUUGGUCACUGGCAAACCGAGGAGUACCAGCCUCCUGUAGCCAUCAACGGCAAGAUUCCACGUAACGACUUUGGAAACGUGUACAUGUUUCAAACGUGCAUGUUGCCGGUAGGGUGUGUGCACCUGCAUCUGCCUAAUCUGAACAGAGUGGCUCGAAAACUCAAUGUGGACUGUGCUCCUGCUGUAACAGGCUUCGAUGUCCAUGGAGGAUACUCACAUGCUGUGACUGAUGGCUACAUUGUAUGUAAGGAGCAUGAAGAGAUUCUGAAAGCUGCCUGGGAAAAUGAGCAAGAGAUUCAAAAGAAGAAGGAACAAGAGAAGCGUGAGAAGCGAGCACUGGCUAACUGGACGCUGCUGGUGAAAGGGCUGCUGAUUAAAGAGCGGCUGCAGCGGCGUUACGGACAGCAGGGCAUGGCCAAGGACACAGGAAUUGCUCAGGGGGGAGAAGGAAAAGCAGAGGGAUUCUCAUCUGGAGAAGAGGAUGAAGGUGAAGCUCACAUGGCUCCACCAUCUCUGGCUGUCUCAUGGCCACAGAACAGGCAGGAGGAGCAGGAGGAAAAAGGAGCUAAAAAGUCUGUCAGUAAGAGGGAGAGGCGUGGCCAGCAGAAACAUCUCUUCCCUUUUGAAAAAAGUGUGUGAUAUGAUUACUCUCACUUGCUUUCUGUACUUCAGUCGCAGAUUUCUUUGUCAUCUCAGUUUACACGACUAUCGUUAUAUGACAUAGAUGCCUUUCCACAGCAAUAUGUGUAACUAGUGCGUCUUUUGUUGAUUUCUCUCUUUCCUUGCCACUUAGCCUGCUUAGUUAAAGGGAAACAAACCAACUAAUUAUCACAUACAAGAACUUUAACACAUUUCCAUGAAUGGAAAAUCUGUUUACCCAAAACUCAUUCACAGUGGAGGUCUGAGGGCAGCUAUUGCAUUUCAUUAAUGAAAAUUUAUACCAUAAUCGUUAUAUUCUAACAGUAAAGGUUUAGAUAGACAUAAGAGAAUUUUUAUCGAGCUGUUUAUAAGGCAGUUUUAUUCAUUUUUCUAAAACUGGGUAAAUACAGUAAAAGUAACUCUCAUUUAGUUAGACUUUCUGAAACGGUUUUGUGAUCCAUGUGAACGGAGGUAGAACCAAAACACUUCCCUGUUUGCUUUAAAAAUACAUUGAUAACGCUGGUCAUUUCCCCUGAACUUUAAAUCCCAUCUCAGAAACAAAGAAUUAUACAGAUUUAGAGUUUCAUUUACACUGAAGAAUUCAUGAAAGUGUUCUACAAAAAAACCUGUUUAGAAAUGCCCCAAAAAUUGCGCUACAAGUGAGUUUUUUCACUAAACAGUUUUUUCUUAGUUGUGUGGAAGCCUGUAAAACUUCUUGUCUGUGGUAACUGUACAUACACUGUAGAUGUGGUAGAUAAAGGCUAGGUUAAAAAUGCCAGAGUAUUUCUGUAGGGAUAAACUAAAGACCUCUUAAUCCAAUGCUGAUUUUUCGUUGCUAGUGUUUCUGGAGCUCAAGGGCUGUUGUGUUGCGAGUCGCACUAAUUUCAGUGCUUUGAGUCAGUAUUUUAAGUGAGUACAGGAUGUCUGAUUGGCAGUGUGCACAACAGCCAGCUUCCUCUUCCUUCACCAAAUCCCUACACUGUGCCAGCGACUGGAGGCCAGUAAUGUUUCUAUAGUUCUCAUAAGCCCAUAUUAUUCCCAUAUUAUUCAAUAGCUACUGCCAAUAAGUAUCAUUCAUUUCUUUUCUUGUUUCAUUAUGGUCUCUGCAUAUUAUACAUGUUAUUUUUUUACUCUUUUUCCUCAUUCUUUUGCCUAAAAACUAGUCUUUUAAGAAACCUGACAGAUUAUUCUUCCACCAAAAGUACUGUAUAAAUGUUUAGUCUUUGACAUACUGAGUUCUUAUAAUCAAUAUACCGAGCUAAUCUCAGAGCUACUGUACAGCUGAAUAUUAUCUUCAUCUUUCAUCUACACCCUGUACCUGUAAAAUCUGCUUUACAAUCCAUAUUCAUUAAGACAUGUAAGGCUCUUACUGUAACAAUCUUGUUAUUGACAAAUAUUGAUUUUUCACUCUUAUAGAAAUGUUUUUAUUAAGAGAUAUUUUCUGGAAAACAUUUAUAAGAAAAAUGAAAACCUGAAUAAAUAAUAAAUAAUUUGGUAUGUAAGUGGCCUGUGAGUCCAAAUCAUGAACCUUUUCUGUCUCCAUCCACAGUCUGAUGAGUUCAAAGUGUACAGGAAGUUCAGUACACCAGAGUUCCUGAAUUUAAUUAGCUUAAUUACCCCAUAAUAAUCUAACUACAUACAACCAGCUCCAGAAAUACUGACACCCUUAAUUACAUCUCCUCUAAGAAAAAUCAAUGUUUUUCUUGUUUAAUAUUUUAUCCUCAAAAAUAUGUGGCAAAAUUAUUGACAACCUUUAAGAAUGUGAAGUUGCACACAUGCAUUUGCUUUCAAGGUAAGCAAGGAAUGUGGUUAUUGACCUGCUCAAGUGAGAUAAUGGAUAUAAAAUACAUAUAAGCUGUUAAAAAUACCAUUAAGCACAGUUUGUGGCCGUGGUAAAAAAAAAAAAAAAAGUUUAAUAUUAAAAAGUUUAAUAUUUAAAACUGAACUGAACCACUGAAUUUAUAGUUAAGAUUUGGGUGUUGUGAUCAUCAGCAUGUUUGGAGAAAAAUUGGAGACUAUACAAGGAAAAGCCCUCAUUCA